ACUUUAAGAUAUUGUGAUAAAAUUCGCUGGACCCGUACCCAUUCUGUAACACAGCUGAGAGCAGCGCUGGGUGUUAGGAUGGAGAUGAUGGAUGUGUGUGGAUGAUGUACGCGCAUCGGGGAUCAUUCCUUCUCUGAUAGAAGAGUCUCCGGGAUAAAAAAAAUCACCAUCGCAUCUCUUCGCCCGUCUGCCUCUUAAUAUUCCGAAAAAGAGUUGAGUGCAGCGGAGCAGAGGAGAGGACAGGAGGUGGAUAGCUCUGGGAAUGAAAGACGCUACCAUUGCAUCUCUGGACGGCUGCACAGUUCUCCUGAUUGAACGGCCCGCUGAAGGACCGGGAAGCCAAACCCACCAGUGUGGGGACGGAGAGAGCCUAUAUAAAGCCCAGCAGCGGGAUUUCAGAUGGUGUCUGUCACCAGUUCAUCAUCAUCAUCAUCAUCAUCAUCAUCAUCAUCAUCGCCGCUUUUCGACCUGCAAACUGACUUGGAUUGAUCAUUAUUUUGUGUUGUCAGAAUAGCAUAAAGGAGCAGCCAUGUCUCAUGGAUGGGGAUACGGACCAACCAACGGACCUGACAGAUGGGUAGAGGAUUUCCCUGUAGCUGAUGGGCCCAGACAGUCUCCCAUCAACAUUGUCCCUAAGGAGGCCAAAUAUGAUUCUACUCUGAAGGCUCUGAAACUCAAGUAUGACCCCUCCAAUGCCAAAGGCAUUCUCAACAACGGACACUCCUUCCAGGUGGACUUUGUGGAUGACACAGAUAGUUCCAUCCUGACUGGAGGUCCUAUUUCUGGAACAUAUCGUUUGAGGCAGUUUCAUUUCCACUGGGGAGCCAGUGAUGAUAGAGGCUCCGAGCACACUCUCAAUGGCAUCAAGUUCCCCAGUGAGCUUCACCUGGUACACUGGAACACUAAGUACCCUAGCUUUGGAGAGGCAGCCAGCCAGCCUGAUGGACUUGCCGUGGUUGGGGUCUUUCUCAAGACUGGUGCUGCCAACCCCAGGCUUCAGAAAGUUCUGGAUGCCUUGGAUGCUAUUAAGACGAAGGGAAAGCAAACCACCUUUGCUAACUUUGAUCCAAAGACUCUUCUACCUGGUUCUCUGCAUUAUUGGACCUAUGAUGGCUCUCUGACGACACCCCCCCUGUUGGAGAGUGUCACCUGGAUCGUCCUCAAGGAGCCAAUCAGUGUCAGCCCUGCACAAAUGACCAAGUUCCGCAGCCUCCUCUUCACUGGAGAAGGAGACACUCCAUGCUGCAUGGUGGACAACUAUCGGCCUCCUCAGCCUCUGAAGGGUCGUCAGGUCCGGGCUUCCUUCAAAUGAGCUUCAUCUUCUUUGCCCCUGUAUUCAUCCUUCCCAAACCUUUUUACUCCCAUUAUUCUCCGUGUGCAGUCUUUAGCUUAAAGCCCUAUUGACGACUUGAAAAGUAGAAUAAAAACCUGCUUACGCUUAUUACAACAUGUAUCUUCAAUUAAAACCAUAAAGACAUAGGCUCCAUUUAUACUUUUCAUUUCAAAAGCGUCUCAUAACCGGAUAAAAUCCAGAUGAUAUUUAAGACUUAUUGCCAAGGCUCUGAUCCGACAGGUCGCGUUUUUUUGCGGUGAGAGGCAUCUUUUUCAAGUUGCUUUCAUUUUACGCGCUGCUAAUGUGCAUGACCAUAUCACAUCUUUGACAUGCAUUUUGCAGGAGCACUCUGAAUGCAUUGAAAAAACUUUAAUUAUAAGGAAAAAAAAGCGUUCAACCUCAUUUGUUUUGUUUUUUCCAUUGUCCAGUCAGAUUCGAUUUGUGAGUUUACUUCCCAGCACAAUCAGUUAGGCUAAGGGCAGUUAAUUCAGCAACAAGGCUUCAACAAAAAAGUCAGGAAAAUAGGCCUCUUGAAUGCCCUUAUCGAUCCACGCAAGUUGCAUGAAGUCUAAGUGUAAAUGGUGUCAUAGAUUGUGCACCCAUAAAAUAGCAAAGACAAAGAUUCUAUCCCAGAAAACACAGGUCCCAAUGGACUAGUGAUGUACUUAAAUUGUCACAACUACUAAUAGUGGGAAUUCUGGACGCUGAUCUCCUCAUUUUUUAUACGUUUAUAGACGUUUAUAACGUCUUAUGCAUCACAUUUUCCCUGGCCAUGUUAUAACUAAUAAUUAGGGCCCAAGCAUGAAAAAUCCAAAGACCCUAUUGAAAUUUCAAGGAUUUUUUUCUUUCUUUUUCCUGCAAAUCGAUCUCAUUUUUGGGGGCUUAAUUGUACUCAAAAACUGAAAGUACACACGCCAGGCGGAGCGAAAAAUUAUGUAUUUUAUGAGCAUUUUCACACAUAUAGUUUCACCUAGAUGUAUGAUAUUUCUGUGGUACAAAAAAGCCUCUUGGAGCAAUGCUCCAACAUGAAGUUGGCCAUUUUGUAUUUACAGGUCAUUUUUGGCAAUUUACACAUUUCGUACUUAAAUGAACUCCUAUGGAAUAAGUUCAACGGCUUCAAAUUUUUGCUGGGCAGUCUAAACCUAUUGAUGAUUAAAAUUUGGACAAAUGUGUGUACAUGCUCACAUCUGUACCAAAUUUUAUAAGAGUACCUCCUUUAACACAUCUACAAGCCAAUAUUCAUAGUGCCACCUACUGGCAACAAGAAGCGACUACAUCUAUGCUGUGAUGAACAACUUCUUGCAGGUUGGCCAUUUCUUUUUCAAAUCUAUCUCAAGCUUGUGCGUUUUCCUUAAACAGCCUGUCCGUGGUGUGGUGGCGAAGUUCCAUGCUUCGCCUUAAAACAGGAAGUCGUCAUAACUUCACUGUACAUGCUCAAAUCUGUAUCAAACUUUACACACAUCCACACGCCAAUAUUCUAUAGUCAUAGCGGCACCUAUAGGCAACAGGAAGAAAGCUCUGUGUUGCAAUCAUCACGUUAUUUAAAACUGAAGUGACAUUUAAGACCUUCGUACAGUGUCCAAACCGCGUGGCAAAUUCUGAGCCGUGCUGGCAGAGCUGCUGAAUCUGCGAUGUGGGCACGUCACACCACGACACACUUCAUGUGCAAGGGCCCGCCCAACGCUGCUUGCUUUAAUAAGAAUUAUUUUCUUAUUUAUAGUAUCUUUUCAUGUGUGCUUUAUCAGGCUUUAUCAUAGACAAAAUCUAAUCAAAAUUAUAAAAGUAGAAGUUGUGUUAAUAUAGGAAAUCUUAAUAAAUAUUAUAUUUAACAUUUCAAGCAACAGAAACUUGUUAGCAUUAAUGCACUGAAGUAAAAAAACACAAACUACAGGCAACUGUAUAUUAUGGGAUCAUGUGUGAUUUAUAUUAAACUUUAAAAGCACACCUGAAUUACAUGCAAAGAUAUUGAUCAGUAAUAAAUCUAAUUAACUCAUUAACACAAGCUACAGUAUCGCCAUUACUACUAAUAAUAAAAGUGAUGAUAAUCCAUCCAUCCAUCCGUCGUCAACCGCUUAUCCUGUGUGCAGGGUUGCGGGGGGCUGGAGCCAAUCCCAGCUGACAUUGGGUGAAAGGCAGGGUACACCCUGGACAGGUCGCCAGUCCAUCGCAGGGCGUGAUAAUAAUGAUAACACUUAUUAUAAUACUUAAUAAUUCAUCAUCCUUUCUAAAAUAUAAAUUAUUUGCCUUGUUUGAAAUUAAAGCAUUUGUGAAUUUCCCCUGCUCCUUUCUAUGCAUUUCAUUGUGUUGUAAUUCACAACACAUAGACAGCUGCUCAGAUUGUGAAAGCGAAAGUUUUUCCUGAUGCCUCAUUUUGUCAGUUUGAGACAAAGUGACCAUACUGAGCUUGGACUUGACAUUUAUAUUUGGUGACAAUACAGUUGUAUACUGUGGCCACCACCCAUCAAUUGGCAUUUCUAUGCAAGUAGAUUUUUAGACUCAUGAUUACCUCAUUGCGGUACAAUAAUGCUAUGAAAGUAUGUUAGGAAGGACAGUAUUGGCUGAUAGCACAGCCUGAGGCUGCCGGUCCAAUGGAGGUUUGCCCAUUGAUAUCAAGAGGAACAACUAUGUCCAUGAUGCUAGACAAACAAUACAGAAUAUUGUUACUAUUGUAAUAUCUUCAACUGAAUUAAAUGAGACUGUAUGUUAA